GUGGAAACAGAACAGAUGGUUCUUGAUGGAGCGACCUUUCUAUCGUCUUUAACGGCUGUUUCGCAAUUGCAGUGUUUGGACUUGGCUCAAGAACUGCACGCCUUUGUAAUUAAGAAUCUAGCAGUAUUACCAGUGAUGAUGCUGAAUGCAGUAAUUGUAACAUAUUCAGGUGUUGGUCACCUUGUACCGGCAGUUGAGAUUGCAAAACUCAUGGUUAAACGUGAUGACAGACUCUCCAUAACUGUUCUUGUCAUGAAACGCCCACCAUUAGACACCAAGAUAAACAAGUACAUUGAAUCAGUCUCUGCUUCAAUAUCUGAUCAUAUCCAAUUCGUUGACCUCCCUAAUGAUGAGAAAACGAGUUCUGGCAUCAACUUCCUUAGUUCAUUCAUCGAGAGCCAGAAACCCCACGUUAAAAAUGCUGUCUUCAAGCUUGUUCAGUCUGAAUCAAGCUCCGAGUCACCUCAACUUGCUGGAUUUGUUGUUGGCAUGUUCUGUACAACAAUGAUAGACGUGGCAAACGAAUUUGGUGUUCCUUCAUAUGUUUUCUUUGCUUCAAGUGCCGCUGCUCUCAGUCUUAUGCUUUAUAUGCAGGCUCUAAAUGAUGAGAAGAAUGUGGACACCACCGAGUUUAAGGACUCAGAUGCUGAGUUCAUGUUACCAGGCAUCGUUAACCCGGUUCCUGCAAAGGUUUUGCCUUCUGUAGUGUUUAAUAAAGACUGGCAUCCUAUUUACUUCGGAAAUGCAAGAAGGUUUAAAGAAGCAGAAGGUAUUAUGGUAAAUACAUAUGUGGAGCUUGAAUCCCCAGUAAUCAACGCCUUCUCCGAUGGUAAAACCCCUCCUUUGUAUCCUAUUGGUCCUAUUUUAAAUCUUAAAGGCGAUGGUCAUGAUGUGGGUUCAGCCGAGACCAAUAAAAAUAAGGACAUCAUGGAAUGGCUUGAUGAUCAACCUCCAUCAUCAGUGGUUUUCCUGUGCUUUGGGAGCAUGGGAAGCUUUAGUGAGGAACAAUUAAAAGAGAUUGCAAGUGCAUUGGAGCAAAGCGGGUAUAGGUUCUUGUGGUCCGUGCGCCAACCUCCACCAAAGGGUAAGAUGGGAUUCCCAACUGAUUAUGCAAAUCCAGAGGAAGCUGUGCCCACAGGAUUCCUAGAUCGUACGGCUGGGAUUGGGAAGGUUAUUGGUUGGGCUCCUCAAGUGGCCAUUUUAGCUCAUCCAGCUAUCGGAGGGUUUGUAUCACAUUGUGGUUGGAAUUCUAUACUAGAGAGCUUAUGGUUUGGUGUUCCAAUUGCUGCAUGGCCAUUGUUUUCAGAGCAACAACUAAAUGCCUUCGAGAUGAUGAUUGAACUGGGAUUAGCAGCAGAGAUUAAAAUGGAUUAUAGGAAGGAUUUUAGAGCUGAAAACGAAGUGAUUGUGAGUGCUGAUAUUAUAGAGAAAGGAAUAAUGUCUGUUAUGGAGCAGGAUAGCGAAGUCAGGAAGAAGGUGAAAGCCAUAAGUGAAAUGGGCAAGAAGGCGUUGCUGGAUGGUGGAUCUUCGCACUCAAUCCUCGGUCGUUUAAUUGAAGAUAUGAUGAACAAUUUGAAAUGAAGCAACAAAAACAGUUUGGACAAAUACCCAACUUUAUAUUCAUUCCAAAAGAAGUGGGAGCUCAUGGUUUGCCAGAUUCUGUGAAAACUGGCCGGCUAAUUUGACCAAAAGUUGUAAUAUUUUUCAAGAGAGUCCCAUGACUUUUCUUUCUUUAAAAGCUACUGAAAAAAGUGCCCUUUGCUGGACUAAAUAAUUAUAGAAGAACUUUCUUGGUCAGCAUUA